CCUAAUUUUAGGACUUUAUUGUGGUUUGGAGAGAGUGUAAGGGUCGGAGUCAAUAAGUGGGAAUUUUGGGGUGAAUUUGAUACGUAUUAAAGUUUACAGAUUGAAUUGUAUGGGAUUAAAAGUUUGGGGUUAAAUGGAUAUUUUAAUAAAAUCGUUGCUACAAAAUGGGCGAUUUGGCGCUAAGAAACGGUGCUCGCUGCUCUCUGUCGGUAUAUGUGCUCGAGAAGUGCUGCUGAUGAUACAAUCUGUUGUGUUUCAGUCUGGACUGCAGAGAAGUACGCGAAGCGUGGAAGUUCGAGCUCUGGAUUUCGCUUGUGUUGUUUCCAUAGGAAGAUUUGCAUCGAUCGAAGGAUAAAGAUCAGGCUUCUUGUUCCUUCCAGUGCUUAUCAAUACAAUUCAAAAUGGAAAACGAAAAGACAAGGGGAAUAGCAAAACGCAUGAAACCUUCUGUGGAGGAUGAGGAGACCUUGGUGGGAGUUGGGCCCAUUGUCCAGGUUCCAGAGGAUGAAAAUGAGCCCAGAACUUCAAAUUCUGAACAAUUGGAGAUGGAAAUUGCUCAAAUUCUUGAUAAGAUUGACAGCUUCACUCAAAUGGUGUCGGAGCUGUUAGAAUCAGGGAAGUCGAUGCUGAAGGAACUGAGCAAUGAAUUUGAAGAAAGGAUUCUUUUAGUACACAAGGAGCAAAUAGAAAAGUGGCAGGAUGAGAUGAAGGAACUUCGCCUGCUCGAUGCUGCAAAUGAGGAGACUGAUACUCUUCUGCACAAUGCUAAGUAUCUACUCCAGAACAUUCAUGGGGCUCCCGACGCAAUUUAAGAUCCCAAUUAAAUAAUUUUGAUGCUUAUCUUUUGGACAAAGUCAAGCUGACUGAUGAACUAUGAUACUAGCACUAUCAAUCUGGCCAAAAUCUUCAUGUUCAUGGUACAACAUACUAUUGCCCUGAACUGAUAACUAAAAAUUGUUGUCGGUUGUUUAUAUGAAACUUAACCUCUUUCUUCUUUAAAAUAGAUUCUAUCAUCUUGCAAC